UAAGAUAAGGAGGAAGUCACCUGACACAAACAACGCAACACAGGCGUCUCUUCAGCUAGGAACGUUGAUUAUGCUGCUGACUUGCCAGCCAAACUAUUACCCAUUAUAACAUCGUGAAGUUCAACGUUGUACUUUGUUUCAGAGGAAAGGCAUGUGUACAUUUGUAUAGAUAACGCAUAGUGCUAAUUAUCUGUACACCAGUCUUUGCAGAGUAAACAUGCCUUGCUCUUACUGACUCAGAACCAUUUGAUUGAUUUCCCUAGUUCUCCAAAAGAGUCAACAUGCCUCAGUCGUCGGCCCUCAUCAGUGGGGUUCAGAGCCUGGUGGUGUACGAGACAAGAGCCCGGUAUUUCAUAGUGGGAAGUAAUCAGGCUCAAACCAAACAUCGCGUGCUGAAGAUCGACCGCACCGAACCAAAGGAUCUGGUCAUCAUCGACGACAAGCAUGUGUACAGCCAGCAGGAGGUCAGGGAACUGCUUGGACGCUUGGAUCUGGGAAACCGGACUAAGAUUGGGCAAAAGGGAUCCUCUGGGCUGUCCCGGGCGGUCUCUGCCUACGGCAUUGUGGGGUUUGUGCGUUUCCUGGAGGGCUACUACAUUGUGUUGAUCACCAAGCGCAGAAAGAUGGCCGACAUUGGCGGUCACUCCAUUUACAAAGUAGAAGACACCAGCAUGAUCUACAUCCCAAAUGACUCUGUCAGGGUCACACACCCCGAUGAGGCCAGGUAUGUGAGGAUCUUUCAGAAUGUUGACCUGUCCAGCAACUUCUACUUCAGCUAUAGCUACGACCUGAGCCACUCGCUGCAGUACAACCUGACCAUGCUGCUGAGGCCCUGGGAGCUGAGUUCCACGGUGGAGCCCUCGGUCGACGAGGAGCACCCCUCACAGAGCCGCCAGGACAGCUUCGACAUCUUCGAGGACGAGGGACUUCCCAUGCAAGUGGUGAACGGGCUGAAGAAUGAACCCUACCUUAAGUAUGUCUGGAACGGGAAGCUCCUGGAGCGGGUCAAGGACAUCGUGCAUCACGAUUGGCUGAUGUACAUCAUCCACGGCUUCUGCGGCCAAUCCAAGCUGGUCAUCUACGGCCGGCCCGUCCACGUCACCCUCAUCGCCAGGCGCUCCAGCAGGUUUGCUGGCACUCGCUUCCUCAAAAGAGGUGCCAACUGUGAGGGCGACGUGGCCAACGAGGUUGAGACGGAGCAGAUAAUCCACGACGCCUCCGUCAUGUCCUUCACAGCGGGAAGCUACUCCUCCUACGUCCAGGUGCGUGGCUCCGUGCCCCUCUACUGGUCCCAGGACAUCUCCACCAUGAUGCCCAAGCCCCCCAUACGAUUGGAUCAGGCAGACCCGUACGCCUACGUCGCCGCUCUCCACUUUGACCAGAUGCUGCAGCGCUUUGGAUCACCCAUCAUCAUCCUCAACCUGGUCAAGAAACGCGAAAAGAGGAAACAUGAGAAGAUCCUGAGUGAGGAGCUGUACCCGGCAGUGAUCAACCUAAACCAGUUCCUACCGCCCGAGCACUGCAUUGACUACAUUGCCUGGGACAUGGCCCGCUACACCAAGAGUAAACUCUGCAACGUGUUGGACCGCCUCAGCAUGAUCGCAGAGAACGUGGUCAAAAGAACGGGAUUCUACAUCAACCGCUCUGACUUCUACUGUCACACCCUGAGACCCGACGAGAGGUGGGGAGACGUUGGCGGUCACAUCACAUCCACAGGACGUCUUCAGACUGGGGUACUGCGGACCAACUGUGUGGACUGUCUGGACCGGACCAACACUGCCCAGUUCAUGGUGGGGAAGUGUGCUCUGGCCUAUCAGCUGUACGCGCUCGGCAUGAUUGACAAGCCCAAGCUUCAGUUCGAUACGGACUGCGUCAGGUUGUUUGAGGAGCUGUACGAGGACCACGGAGACACUCUCUCCUUGCAGUACGGUGGCUCCCAACUGGUCCACAGGGUCAAGACCUACCGCAAAAUCGCCCCCUGGACCCAACACUCCAAGGACAUCAUGCAGACGCUGUCCCGCUACUACAGCAACGCCUUCUCAGACGCAGACCGGCAGGACGCCAUCAACCUGUUCCUCCAGGUGUACCAGCCCUCUGAGCAGCGGCCCCACCUGUGGGAGCUGCCCACAGACUUCUACCUGCACCAUAAGAGCAGCAUGGUCCUGGCCCAGGAGAGACGCAGCUACACAUACUGGUGGUCUGAAGGAGUGUUGGCCUUCCUGCCCGUGGCCUACGACGAAGUGGCCUGCAAGGACAACAUGAGGAAGGUGAAGGUGAAGCGUGUAAACCGCUACGACGAGGCCAUCGACAUCUACACCGAGUUCUUCAAGCCGUACGAGCUCACAUCCUUCGACGACACCUUCUGCAUCGCCAUGACCAACUCCGCAAGGGAGUUCAUGCCCAAGACGGUGGGAGUGGACCCCAGCCCAUUCACUGUGCGCAAGCCUGAGGAGACCGGGAAGUCCGUGCUGGGGAACAAGAGCAGCAAGGAGGAGGCGGUGGUGCAGAGGAAGACGGCGGCCAGUGCCCCCCCGCCCCCCAGCGAGGAGGCCAUCUCCAGCACGUCGGAGGACGACUCGGAGGACGAACGCGAGGAUGACGGCUCCGUCUCUCAGCGCUCCACCCCCAUCAAGCUGCUCACCGAGUCGGGGGACAGCACACGGACACACGAGGAGUGCCAGCAGCAGCUGCCUGUGAGGGCGCCGUACGGGAUAAACCUUGACGAGCUCCCUGCUGACGAGGACCUGCUGAUCUACCAGCGGUUUGCACAUCUGGGCAAGAGCCAACACAAAGUGGAGAGGAAUGAAGCUGUACAUCUAGCAGACUUCAUCUGCCUGACGGAUUUGGCCUUUUUAAGGCAGCGGGAGCUGUGCAGUUCGUCCAGAGAGGGAAGAGGGCAGCCGGUGAUUUUCUGCACUGCCUUUAUGACCCCCUGGAGCCUUUUCCUCUGUGCCACAGUGCAGCUUGAGAACCAGACACACAGACAGUAGGUCAAUAUGCUCUCUAUUGAGCAGCGGUAGAAGGACACCAGCAGUUCCUGGGGGAUGUUGUUCCUCCUGAGAACUCUCAGGAAGUAUAGUCUCUGCUGGGCCUUCUUCACUAGCCCAGUGGUGUUGUCGCCCCAGGUCAGGUCCUCCAUGAUGUUCACUCCCAAGAAGCGGAAGUCAGAGACCCUCUCCACACAGACCCCGCCUAUCAUCAGCGGCUGGAUGACCGUCUUCUUCCUCCUAUAAUCCACAACGAGCUCCUUGGUCUUUGUUGUAUUGAGGAGCAAGUUGUUUUUAGGGCUGGCCCGAAUGCCAUUUUUCAGGCUUCGAAUACUCGUUGGUUUUUCCGAGCGAAUAUUCGAAUACUCGUUCCAGAAAAAAACACCAUCAAAAACAACAUUAAUAAUCCCUAUAUACUCCCUGGAACCGAUUUUGACAGUAUCUGCAUAUUUUGUUGAAGAUUUAAUAGCUUUUGAACGUUAAUUAGUAGGCCUAAGUAGGUUGAAGUUCCUUAGUUUUUCCCCGUGAAAGCGAACAGCUUGC